CGUCCUCUCUGUUCCAAGAUGGCCGCGGAGGCGUACUUCCGGUGAGGGUCGCUGCGGGGGAAGUGUGCUCGGCCGGCCUCGCAAACGGGGGAAGGAGGAAAGGGGCGCGAAAAAAAAGACUCCCCCAGAAUUGGAGCCAUGGCCACCAUGGUGGCCAAACGAGAAGGCCCCCAGUUCAUCAGCGAAGCAGCUGUCCGAGGGAACGCAGCCAUCCUGGAUUACUGCAGGACGUCAGUCUCCGCCCUCUCCGGAGUAACUGCAGGGAUCCUUGGUUUGACCGGCCUGCACGGGUUCAUCUUCUACUUCCUGGCCUCUAUCCUGCUCUCAGUGCUUCUGGUGUUAAAAGCAGGACGGCGGUGGAACAAGUACUUUAAGUCCCGGCGACCCCUUUUUACCGGGGGGCUGAUUGGGGGGCUUUUCACCUAUGUCCUCUUUUGGACUUUCCUCUAUGGUAUGGUGCAUGUUUAUUAGGAGGAGGAGGAGAACACCAGGUCAAAACGGUUCUGACGGAGCAAGAGGACUGUUGCCAAAACAACCACCUCAUCUUUUAGGCCAGUAAUCUGGAGUUUCCAAUCCUUCCUUGCCCUCAUAACACGGUCCAUAACGUAUGUCAGAAAACAAGCCUGUAGAAUUCUGUUAAUUAAACACAACGUGAAACCACUUGGGACUUUGAAACGA